AUGACGUCACACUUUAGCUGUGAUCUUGUUUGUCGGCCAUUUUUCUUUGUCCGUCCACCGACUCUUUCUUUCUCUUGCGAUUCUUUCUUUCUUCUUUCUUUCUUUUCUUUCUUUCUUUUCCUCUCUGCCUCAUUUUUUCUAUCUUCUUUACUCUUCGUUUACUCGUCUUCUUUCUUUCUUUCUUUCUUUUCUUUCUUUCUUUUCCUUUUUUUUUUCUUUUUUCUUUUCUUCUUUGCGCUUUCGUUUUCUCGUCUUCUUUCUUUCUUUCUUUCUUUCUUUCUUUCUUUCUUUCUUUCUUUCUUUCUUUCUUUCUUUUCCUGUCUGCUUCUUUUUAUCUUUCUUCUUUGCUGUUCGUUUACUUGUCUUCUUUCUUUCUUUCUUUCUUUCUUUCUUUCUUUCUUUCUUUCUUUCUUUCUUUUUUUCUUUCUUUCUUUCUUAGCACGACCUCUCUAA